UAGCACCCGAUUCUCAUUUUCACAAAAAGACAAAAGGGUUAUCUCUUCCUUUUCUCUCCACCACCUCCAGCCAGCUGCUUCCGACGACGUUCAGGCGAGUCUUCCGGCCGGCAAGGUACUCUCCUCUCUAAGACCACACACAUGCUUCAAUUUCUUACAAGAAAAUAGAAGAUUAAGAUUCAAGUGUGGGUUUUGAAUCAACUCUAGAGAAGAGUUUGAUUUCUUGAAUUGAAGACACUAACAAGCUGUAAGGUUAGUGAAUUUACGUGGAGUAUACGUUGCGUUUGUGGUAAGAAUUUACAAUUCGCUUUGAGGUGAGUCUAGUUUCGGUACAAGGGUAGCGGAUCAGGAGGGGGGUGCGUGACAUGGGUGGACCCUUGGAGAGUGAUGGGACUAGAUGGUUCUAAACUUUGAUUAUGUUAUUACUAUUUUAUCAUACUUAUUUUUCUUAGUUGAGACACAUUGUGUGGUAUCCCUAUUCGAUGGUGGGAUGGACGGUUGGGACGGUGCUCCGUGUGAUCGGGACUUCCGAACCGGGGCUCUUGUUCUGUAAUGGAAUCCAGAUUACAGAGGUCUUUACAUUGGGUGAGCAAGUAAAAAAGGAGAUAAGAAAGCGACUAUUGUUAGAUGUUAAAGAGAUGUCAAGAAAAGGGAAAGCCAUAAUGACCCCAAAUGAAGGUAGUGAGAACGACAAAGUUAAAUGGGAUGAAGAGAAAACUCGAUCCUUGAUAGAUAUAUGUGUUGAGAUUAUGAAAGCUGCAAAGCGAGUUCCUGGCACUCGAAUCCCAAAGUUAGAAUGGGAAGAUGUUGCCAUCGAAUUUAAUAAUAGAACAGGUUUUAACUAUCAUAAAGGAUCCUUAAAAAAUAAAUGGGAUAUGCUGAGAAAGAAAUGGACUUUGUGGACAAACAUGGUUGGUAAAGAUGCAGGUUUGAGAUGGGAUUCUGUCAGAGAAAAUGUGGAUGCAACUGAUGAAUGGUGGGACAAAAAAAUCAAGGAGGAUAAGGAUCAUGCAAGGUUCCGCAAACAUGGUUUUAAAAAUAAAGCGGACCUUGAGUUUUGUUUUACAGGGAGCUAUGCCACUGGAUCAUCACCUCAAGCACCUUCUAGUGGAGUUGUCCCUAUUCAAAAGACACAGCUUGGUGAUGGAGUGGGUACUUGGUUUGGAGAUGAUGCAUGCAUACCAGAGCAAACAAAUUCUGUUGUCAACCUUGAAGCCACCCGAAACACAGUUAAUUUUGAAGGCACAGUCGAUGAGAUUUCUUCGCCAAGUUCGCCAAGGAAAGAUGUUCCAUGUACACCUUCACAGGCGUCUAGAUCAAGUGGAAAAAGGUCCUUCGAGGGAUCUGCAAAGAGGUCGAAAAAGAAGCCAUCAGUGAACAGUGUAGACGAACAUGAGGCAAUAGCGAGACUUGUUACUGCAGUUGAGACUCAGGUUGCUUUCAAUACAAAAUCUCAAUCGAGUGCUUCGAAAGAAAGGGGAGAAGUUGCCAUGGACAUCUUAAAAGAUAUGAAGAGAGAGAAUCCAAUUUCUAAUAAACUCUAUUUCUUUGCUAUGGACUUAUUUGCAGACAAUCAUGCAAGGGAUAUGUUCAUUGCAUGUGAACCAGAAUUACGAUUGGCUUAUCUGGAACAUAAAUUCUUCCAAAGCGCUAGUGGGCGACAGUUGGGCGAUUUAUGAAUUUUGGUUAACUUGACUUAACAUGAAAUUUGUAGUUCAUAUGUGUAAUUAUGCUU